AACAUGGAAACAGAGUUGAUCACUUGAUCCCCUUAGCCCCCACCUCUCCCAUGUUCCUUUUCAUUACUAAUCAGUACACAACGCAACAGUGGCUCAUACAAGCACACCAAUAAGCAUAAAUAGAUGUACUCUUGAACUCAAUCUCAGGGUUUUGGAAUCAGAUUUUGUUGCUUUUACUCGAUCCAAGAACAUCAAGAUUCAAGAAACAGAGCUGGGUUGUUCGAUUUAGAUGGGUUUGAAGGUGCUGUACCUGUACUGAUGUCAUUGUUCUGGAUUGUCAUUCGUCAACUCGCCGAAAUUGAAGCAAUGGCUACUUCGAAGAGAGUGAUUACAAGGGAGGAGUGGGAGAAAAAGCUUAAUGAUGUGAAGAUUAGGAAAGAAGAUCUGAAUAAAUUGGUGAUGAACUUUCUUGUCACCGAGGGUUAUGUUGAUGCCGCUGAAAAGUUUAGAACGGAAUCUGGAACUGAACCAGACAUAGAUCUUGCUACAAUAACGGAUCGCAUGGCAGUUAAAAAGGCAGUGCAAUGUGGGAACGUUGAGGAUGCAAUUGAAAAAGUUAACGAUUUGAACCCCGAGAUACUAGAUACAAAUCCCCAAUUGUUUUUCCACCUCAAGCAACAAAAGUUGAUAGAAUUGAUUCGGAAUGGAAAAGUAGAAGAGGCUUUGGAGUUUGCUCAGGAGGAGCUUGCACCAAGGGGAGAAGAAAAUCAAAGUUUUUUAGAAGAGUUGGAGAGGACUGUUGCACUUCUAGCUUUUAAUGAUGUCAGCAACUGCCCCGUUGGAGAGCUUCUGGACAUAUCACAGCGUCAUAAGACAGCGAGUGAGGUGAAUGCAGCCAUCCUUAUGAGCCAGAGUCAUGAAAAAGAUCCAAAGCUUCCAAGCUUGUUGAAAAUGCUGGUAUGGGCCCAGAACCAACUUGAUGAGAAAGCUGCUUAUCCUCACAUAAAGGAUUUAUCUACUGCAACACUCGAAGAUCCAGCUGUUUGAAAAGUGACAGAAUCUUGGGUGGAUGAUCCUGGUAUGCCCUUUUCAUUGCAAAUAUUGAAUAGAAUGGACCAAGAGGAGUGGUUAAUCAUGUACUGUUAUUUCAAAAAAUGGAUGUUGUCUAGGUAGGUUGUCAUUCAUGAAUGGCAUUUCAUUUUAAGGUUUGGGGCGUGCCAUCACCUUACUUUCCUCUCAAAAGCUGUUCAGUGACCUUAAAGUUGUUGUACAGAUGUUUGUGAAUACUCUUCACCUUUCAAUUCAAUGGUAGCAUUCUUAGCUUUUUGUGUGAAA